GAAGAGAGACGAGGGCGAAGCACGAAGCACCUACACCAACUGCCCAACACAGCCAGGGGACCUGGAGAGAUCUGAAUUCCGAGCACACUUCUCUUCCCCGCUCCAUCGCCGCCGAUGGAGAUCCCCACCGCCGUCAUCCACCGCAUCCAGUCCUCGCUCCGCGAGGCCGCCGGUGCCCCCGCAGCGGACGCUGCGCCCGCCCCUCCCUUCCCCACCGUCACCGACGCCGUCGCGGCCUUCGAUUCUGGCGCCGCCUCGGAGGGAGUCCGGUGCGGGCGCUGCGGCGCCGCGGGAGGGCUGCUCCGCGGCGCGAAGUCCGCGCUAUGCGCCUACUGCGGGUGUCCCAGGCGCGGGGAGGAGGCCGAAGGCGGCGGCAUCGCCUUCCGCGACGGCGCGGCCUACCGCUGGCUGCUCGGCUCGCUAGGGCUCGACGGAUCGGAGUUUGUAGAGUUUGAUAGUGAUACUACGGGUUCAAAUAAAAGCAAGGAAGCACCAAGCAGUGGGAUGAUCAUAUCUGAUCUACUGGACUUAAAACUUACUUGCCUCCCUGAGAAUAAAGAAACACCUGCAAGUUCCAUAACAACGGAGCAAUCUUCUUCUGUGGAUACGCUAAAUUUAUCAGCUGCUAACCUAGACUCAUUUUUCGUUGAAAGAAAAGAAAAGAUGACUGCUGCUGCUUCUCUUCCACAAACUUAUACUGUGGCGCAGGAAAAGAAAAGAACAGAUAGCAAAAGCCAUGAAUCUUCAAGAUCAGAGGUGAAUGCCGCAUCUAAAGGAUUAAUGAGUUCUCAAAGAACAAACCAGAUAGAAGCUAAUCCAGCAUUUGCAAGUUGGGAUGCUGAUUUUCAGUCUGCUAGCUCGGGAAGUGCCACAGGAGACUCCAAUCAACCUGAUCUAUUUAAGAGCUCUUCUGCUGCCGAGUUUAGUUUCCCAGCUCCUACAAUUGCCAAUAACCCUGCAGUAGGCACUGAAAAUAAAACAAGUGCGAAAAGUGCCAUCCUAGAACAUCAUUCAGAAGAUUUGGCUUCAGCAAGUGAUACUUUAUUUGAGGAUAACCUUUCUAAUCAAAAGGUUGCCCCUGUCUUGGAGAGCAACAGUGGAAUUGUUCCUGAAAAUAGUGCUCCUGAGUUCACUGACUACUCUUUUGAUAUGAAUUUUGCUAAGAGCGAUCAAUCGCCUGGAAGGGAUGAUACUGGAGUCAAUGAUGAUGAAGCUUUUGAUGACUGGCAAGAUUUUGCAGGAAGUGGUAAUCUGGGAAGCCUAUCAAAUGCAGGAGAACAUAUAGUGGAGCCUUUAAAGAGAGAUUCAUCCGACAUAAAAACAAUGGAUCCCUUGCCAGUAGGUAGCACGGAAUCAACUAACAAUGCUAAUGAAGACUCCUCUGAUGAUUGGCAAGCUUUUGCCUCUAUUUCUGGUCAACAAGGAGAUUUAGACAAUUCGGUGGAGGGAUUAACAAGUGAUGAAGGACGAGAUUUGGUGAGAUCAGUUGGAGAGAAAAUGAGCAGCAUCUCGCUUGAACGUUCUUCAGAAGUUAAUCCUGUUGAUUUGUGGCCUGUUGGCAAUGUUAAAGCACAAAACACUGAGGAAAUGGGUAAGGAAACAGAUGAUUCUUUUGAUGAUUGGCAAGAUUUUACUACCUCUAGUCAAGUGCAGGCUACUUUGUUUAAUCACACUGGAGACAUGAUGGAAGUCCCAAAAGCCAGUCACAAAGAAACAGACAUGGAUUCAUGGUUCAUGGGAGAUUUUAGGGAGCCAGCAAAUACUGGUAUGGCGAAUAGGAAUAAUAUGUUGGACGACUGGCAAGGCUUCACCGGUUCUGAUCAAGCGCAGCAAACUUCAUCUAGUACAGGUGGGGAAAUGAUGAGUGCUUUGUCUGAGCAGCAUGAAGGAACUGUUUCUGUCCAAUCCUGGGUGCAUGGCAGCAAUAAGGAAGCUGCAAAGACAUCCUCAACAAAUGCUGAAAGCGAUGCAUAUGAUAUUUGGCAAGAUUUUACUAAGACAGGCAACCUGCAAGAAAAUAUGUCUAAUCUUGGGAGGGAAGUGACUAGUGUCUCAACUGAGCCAGCUAAAGAAAUCGAUUCUUUGGAUUUGUGGCUAACCAGCAACUUCAAGGAAUCCAAAAGCAGUCAAGGUGUUGGGAGAAUUGAUGCCUCAUCUGAUGGAUGGCAGGAUUUUGCCAGUUUUGAUCGAACUCAGACAAGUACCAAAAUUCCUGGAGAAGGGAACCUGGUGAAAAAUCCUUCAGGAACUGAAACUUUGGACUUAUGGGCCUCGAGUCAUGCUAAUGAAAAGAAACCUGAACAGACAAGUGAAGAUAAUGAUCUAUUUGAUGACUGGCAAGAUUUCCAAAACUCCCAUCCCCAGCAAACAAGCUUACAAGUUUCUUCAGAUGCUUCAUUAUUUGAUAUACCCUCAGCAUCACAGCCUGAUGCUUUAGAAGGAAUGGAAUUUGAUAGUGUUUUGCAGCUAGCUUCAUCUGAAAAUAAAAAGGAUAAAAAGGAGGAUCCUAAUGAAGAAAAAUCAGUUCCAUCUGAUGAACACUUGAAAAGCACAAAGGGAAUGCAGCAGAUGGGCAAUGUUGAUCCGCUAUCUUCAUUAUGGCCAACUAACAGUCUUGGUAAUAAUGCUAUUAAGAAACAAGAGUCUGUUAAUACAAAUGUAGAACAGUUGCUUGCUCAGAUGCAUGAUCUGUCUUUUAUGCUCAAAGAUGAACUUUCAGUCCCUGAUAAACCUGUGGAGCAUUCGAAGCCCUGAAAUGCACAGCAGCAAAAGUUGUGCACUGCUACAAUCAGCCAGGCAGAUCGAUGCUGAAAGCCCUUUACAAGCUGGUCUGCUGGACGAAUCACACCAAAUAUGACCGGGUGAAAAAUGCAAGUCCCAGGAUACCUUGUUUUUCCAACAAUUUGCCCUUUAUCAGUACAUUGAUCAGCAGAGGAUUGUAUUUGUUUCCUCUGUUGCUUCGGUGCGUUGAUCGUCACAGUCAGGUUUGUUCCUUGACUGUUGCUGAGUUGAGGCGUGAAAAUCAUGUUUUUUACUGUGCCUGCAUGUCUAUGUACCAACCCACGGGCUGUAUGUUGUACCCAGAGUCCCAGAGUACCAAACUUAGCUCACAAAUCAACCUAUUCUUUUUGAGAUUAUCUUUGUUACGGUUGUUCUUGCUAAUGCGCUACCACAGUAUCUGGUUGUUUGCAGCUGAUGCCAAGUGGUAUCUUGUUGUCUGCUCUGUAAUUCUGUGGAAUACCAUCAUGGACCAUCGGAUUA